GCAAGGGGCAGGUCGACAGCUAGGAAAUAGUCAUAAUUUAAUAAUGCAUUGAAUAUGAGGUAACAAGGAAUUAGAAACUUAUAGCACUGUAUGAUAUGUCGCUGUAAAUGGGUGGUUCUCUCAGUAAGUGAAAUGCAUGCAUAUAUUUAUCGUUUGAAGGGGCCGCCGGUGGUGUAAGAGCUAUCGCAAGUAGAGUAUAUGUCCACAGGAUCCUGGCCUAGUAUUGCUGCUGCUGGGAUUCUCCUCAUCCGCUUUCACAAAAUUCGAAAAUAGCAUAUUUAAUGAUAGAAAUGAAAGGUUUGACAGUUGUUUUUGCGGUGACCGACAUUUAAAUGGAUGGAGCCUUACCAGGAUGAGUCGGCCCUAUGAACUGCCCAUCAGCAAUGCUCAGGCCUGUCACACUGACCCAACAGUGACCUCUGCCCCCAAUGACCCCUUCUCUCCCUCCUCAAAGCACAAUAACCCCAAUUCUAGACUAGACCCUCCACGUGCCAUGCAACUGUCCACCGCCCCUGCCCUCAAACCUCCAUCCACCUAUGGGUUCAUGCCCAAGAACCUAUCCUCUUCCUACAGUCCUCUGAGAAGGCUACAGCACCUGACCACCAUGGUCAGCCACCCAGACCUGAUACAGGUUGGAGAGGGGGAGAGGGAGGUCUCGCACACCCGGAAUGCUGUUGGGAAAACUAUCUUUGGGAAUUCCUUGGCCCUCACAGCUCCCGAGCCAGGCAGGAGAGACAGAGACACCAGUAAGACUAAUCCUAGUGUGGAGAAGAAGAGUGACUGUUGCUUCUCUGACCCACCUAGUCCAGACUUUUCACUGGAUAGCAAUAGCCCUUUUGCGAAUGGCUGCCUGCACUUUGAGUCCACUUUGUUUGAUGAUGAUGAUGACGAAGAGGAUGAUGAGGAUACAGCUUUACCUCUGACAGACAGACAUAGCAAAGUUGGAAAGUCACCUGAACCUCUUCCUGAAUUUUUUAACUUGAAGGUAAAGAAAUUACUGAAGCCAGGGCUAUCUUUGGGUAAAGGCUUGCAGUCCCCUAGUGUCCCCCCAUUAACGGCACAUGAAGGUUCAGACGAGGACUGGAGGAGUAACUGUGAGCCGCUCUCUCUUGGGAAUAGCCCCUCUGGGCCUUCAAUGUUCUGGCCUGGGUACUUCCUUUUCAGUCCAGAUCACCUGCUUUACUCUGCAACAUAA